AUGCUAUUGACGGCAGACGACUUUCCAUAUGGCCAUCUGUUGGAUCAAACAGCAUUCUUUCGAAAGUAUUCGUUGAUGAUGCAGAUCAUCUCGGCCGAGAUAUUGAUCGAGAAGCCAGAGCCUUCACAAGCUCCUAAUCCCCCAAUCUUGAGGCUUGCUUCGACUAGUGACGGUGCAUAUGUGAUCGCAAUAACAGGCGAAGAUAAAUGUAUUCGUGUGCUGAAAUUAGCUGAGAAUGGCACAUUGGAACUUUUCAGCGAGAGGAUGAUGCCAAAAAGACCCUGUGCGGUGGCCCUGACACGAAAUGAGUGUACUCUUCUGUGCGCUGACAAGUUUGGUGAUGUCUACGCAAUGCCGCUUUUAGGCAAGGCUUUUGAGGCUCCCAUCCAUCUUGAAGAUAAUGAUGGGGUUUUACUUCCAAAAAAUAUAGAUGACAAAUCGCAGCCGUUCGCUCCUUCUGCGAAUUCUUCGACUGUGCAUACGAAACGCAACUUAGAGUCUCUCCGCCAGCAACAGAGAGUAACGAAUAGGAAGCUCCAGAAGAAGACAACAUCAUUCGAGCACCAGCUUGCUCUUGGACAUGUGUCUUUGCUUACCGACUUAGCAUGUGCAUCUUUGCAGUCCUCUAAUGGGGUCUUACGAAAUUAUAUACUGACUUCUGAUCGCGAUGAGCACAUUCGAAUUUCACGGGGGUUACCCCAAGCGCACAUUAUUGAAGGCUAUUGCCUUGGUCAUACCCAUUUUGUCAGUAGAAUGUGUUUGAUUCCUCAAAAGCCGAGGAUGCUCUUGUCUGGUGGUGGUGAUGAUUUUCUGAUCUUGUGGGACUGGCCUUCUGGACAAAUCUUUCAGCGCAUUGACAUUCGGGGUUACGUCGAGCAGCUCAAGGGGCCAGACCUGAACUCUGCAACAGAUCAACAGAUGGGAUCAUCUCGGCUGCAAAUUGAUACGGACGAAGGCGAUAGUAAUAUAGCAAUUAGCAGCAUCACAUUUCUGGAGUACGAUGGUAACAAUAAGUCCCCGUUCUGUGGCGAAUUCUUUGUCACUGCUGAAGGGUUUCCAGCCAUAUUUCAUUUUCGCAUGAACGCUGCUGAGACCAUAGAGUACUGGACAACACAUCGAACAGAAGGAAACGUGAUUAGUACCGUGGCUUUGCCAAACUCUGAAGGCCUUCUGUUCUCUAUCGACUCGCUUCACAUUCCAUUUUCUACUACCAUCGUGUCAGAUAGAUCUGACCAGAAUUUACAAGCUUACACGGGUAUUGUGUGGUCGUCACUCAGCUCUUCGCCACCUCAGAAAGCUUUGAAUACUGCUCAGAAGCUCAGAUUAUCGUUAGAUGCGUGCGCUUCAGAGCAUGAUCUUGUAGAGCAAAAAAAUGUAGCCAAGGGCAAAUCCCUACAAGAGCUUUUAUAUGGGUUGGAAGGUCUGAGGAAGCGAGGAUCUGAUGAUUUGCAUCAAUCAGAAAGUAAAUACAAUUUGGGAUUAGAUCGGAUAUCAACCUCAAUCAGUGACUUUCACACGCUUGGCAAGACAUAA